AUGGAUGUUCUCGACGUGUGCAGCCAACCACGCGACCUUGGAGGACUAGGCCUUGGUGCCAUCAGCAGAGCGACCGUGCAAGAAGAAUCAGAGAUAUUGUUCCUGGUAUCUGCCUGGUUGGAAGCACUCAAUUCAGCAGAUAGGAGCAGAUCGAUGCCGCCUCCGCUGCCCUCUCGGCCUCGAGGUCGACGUGGAAUGACUCUAAGCGAGAAGAUAUUUGCGAUGCACGCGAUUUACGGAAACGGAUGCGUAGCUCCGGGGGAUCUUGUUCGAGUCGGUGUCGAUUGGGUCCUUGCAUCGGAAGCAUCAUGGGCAGGUAUGGAGAUCACGUACAACCAGCUAGGCAGCCCCGGUAUCUACCGCAACGAUCGCUUCUGGCUUGCUGGUGAUCACGUCGUUGAUCCGCGAAUCAAUGACCGUCCGCAAAUACAAGCGCUGAUUGAUGCCAGUGAGAGAGCAAAAAGAGUAUUUAAGAUGACCGACUACCAGGGAAUGAAUUACACUAUCCUUCAUACCGAGUUCUUUCGUGAACGAGCGCAACCAGGCAUGCUGAUAAUUGGAUCCGAUUCUCACACGUGUUCCUCCGGGGCGUUGGGGUGUCUAGCAAUUGGACUCGGGGCUGCCGAUGUGACCUUGCCCCUAGUGACGGGAGAGACUUGGUUCAGGAUCCCGGAGUCUGUCAAUAUCCGGCUUGCUGGUAAACCCAGAAUUGGUAUUAGUGGUAAAGAUGUGAUACUGUAUAUUCUACAACAGCUCAAAAGAAACACCAGCGCCUCGGAUCGAAUUGUCGAGUUCACUGGUCCGGGGCUGCAGCAUCUCUCAGCUGACGCUCGCUUUGCCAUGUGCAACAUGACGGCGGAACUUGGUGGCAUUACUGGGGUGUUUGUCCCCGACCAUAUCACACAUGAAUUUAUGGCCAAACGGCGUUUGAGACGACAUAAAUCGAGCAGUAACUAUUUUCGGCCUGAUGACGAUGCAGAAUAUGCUGCCUCGUACGAUAUCGAUCUGGGAUGUGUUGAGUCAUCUUUUGCCCGAUACCCCAGGCCAGAUGAUGUAGUGCCUGUGGCAGAUCAUAUAGGGAUGCAGGUGGAUGGGUGCUUUAUUGGAGCCUGCACUACGACCGAAGAGGACCUUAUCCUCGCCGGCCUUGUCCUCGAACAGGGGCUGAAGAAGGGUCUACAGCCUCAGAAAGAGGGCAAGAGGAAGAUGGUUCCCGGGUCACUGCCAGUCCUUCGCCGAUUACGAGAACUCGGCCUUGCCGAUGUAUAUGAAGCCGCAGGGUUUGAAGUUGGCAUCCCUGGUUGCAGCUAUUGCGUUGGCAUGUCCGCUGAUCACGCAGCUCCCGGGGAAGUCUGGCUCACCUCUCAAAACCGUAAUUUUGAGAAUCGCAUGGGCAAGGGGUCAAUUGGACACCUUGGAUCUGCUGCCACUGUUGCGGCAUCCUCCUUCAGCAUGAGACUGACUGAUCCCCUUGAGUUGCUCAGUGGUAUUGACAUGACUCACUGGAAUAUCAUCCGCGGCACUGCAGAGUCGCCAGUGAGAACUAGCGCGUCUUUUUUGACCUACGUCGAGCCUAGUGGGUAUCAUGUUUCUCCAGAAAGAUGUGAUUCGAUGAAUCAAUCUCAUGAAGUACGAACAGCUCCGUCGCUUGACACUAUCACAGGAAAAGUUCAACGACUUGGGGAUUUCAUUGACACUGAUGCGCUGGCUCCGGCUGAGUUUCUGAUCGGCAUGAAAACGAAUCAGCAGAGCGCUCUGCAUUGCCUGCAGUAUAUGCAUCCCGAAUUUCGCCGACGUGUUAAAGAUGGUUUCAACAUUGUUGUUGCUGGGAAGGCCUUUGGGUGUGGCUCUUCGCGCGAACAGGCUGUCAUGGCAUUAGUUGGUUGUGGAGUCCAAUGCGUGAUCGCAAAAUCGUUCGCCUUCAUCUUCCACCGCAACAUGCCCAAUAUUGGCCUCUUGGGCAUUACUAUAUCCGACGAGAUAUUCUACGAGAUGGUCAGGGACGGCACCAAUCUAACCAUUGAUUUUGAGACUCAAGUGGUCGAUGUUGAGGGAUCCAAAUUUGAGUUCCAACUUAGUCAGAUGGAGCGAGAAAUGUAUCGUCACGGCGGCAUCACUUCUGCAUUCAGAACAUUUGGGAAAACACUGUUUAAGGAGCUGACGGCUGCCAAUGAUGUGCGAAGAGAGCCUAAUGAGCAAUCUUGUGACAGAGCAAGUGCAUUGCAAUGGUGA